AUGCCACUGAAGGAUAUGGUUGGAGUCAUGUCCGCUCCCGAAGCUACCCUUUUCUUAGGAGCCGCAAUCUCAUCUUUCCAACCAACUUGUUUCCCAAUUUGGGAUAAGUUUAUUGAAAUUGUGUACAGCUCGCUGGUUGAUAGAUCGACAGAGGAUGUUGGGGUCGACUCCCAAGGUUCGUAUUUGUGCAUUGCCGAAGCCUUGAAUUGGAAAAACCCACGAAGAGUACCGAAUUACAAAGUCACUGAGAUCAUUGCCCGACGGCUUGGGAAAGACUAUCUACGUCUCUUAAAAGCCUUCGAGACCCAAAAGAAGGGGGACAUUUGGUUGGUCAAUCAUGUCCAUAGGUGGGCGGCUCAAUGUCUCAUGGACGGGAGUGCUGCUGCCGUUGUCACGACAAAUUUCGACGAUUGUCUUGAGAAGGCGCUUCGAAACGCUCAAGCAAACACAUACACUCUUACGAACAAUUUCCACAUCGACAGUGACGCGAUCGUCAAUCGUUUGGGUGAAACUUCGGACAAAUUGAUCAUCGUUGUCAGCGGCCCUGAGGCAUGCCGGUUUGCGCAGACUUUGCUACCGCAGCUAGGAGGAAAUAUAUCUUUUCUCUUUAAGCUGCAUGGUUCCUGUUACAUGCCAGACACCUGCAUUGAUACUCGCUUGCAGCGGCAGCAAGGUCUCCCUUCUUACGCGGUGGAUAUUCUAGACAGCCUUCUUAUUAAAAGUACUUUCUUUGUAGUUGGCUUCAGUGGUGGAGACUUGAACGAUAACACUGACUACCUCCGAAUGGUCCAUAACAAAAGAGAAGGGCGGCUUGUAUGGCUCCAGGUGGACCUCGACAAGAUGGAGCCUGGCCUUCAAGCACUUUUGAAGUCUGUCCCGACCGAAGAGCACACGUCCGAGGGACUGUGUCUCCUACAAGGUUCCAUUCCAGGAGAGCGAGUAAAGGGGAACGAGAAUCCCACCGACUUUAGCAAUUUUGUCGCUACAUGGUCAGGAAACCUUGGGUCUUCUUGGUGCAAACUAGUUGUGCUGGAUUUGAUAGAACUCUGCCACGGAACCGAGAGUGAGAAGGUGCCUCUCAGUAGACUUGGUUUCGUAGAUGGUACGAGACAAGAUUGGAACAGAGUUCUCGAGACAGAAUUAGGCCCAUUAAGGGAUCAGGAGCAGUACGGACUGGCUAAGGAGUGUAGCAAUAUCGCUACAUUGCUCCAAUACCUUUUCAGUGGAGAUUUAGAUGAAGGUCAACGCGCAUACAUCUCCAGUCAAGUCGAAAAUGAACGUUCUAAAAUCCGGUUGCGACAUCUUGACCUUGCGCAGACGCUGAACACGCAUCACCCGCACGCUCAAUCAUGGGUAAUCAGCGCAUUGUACGGCCUCUUGCUGUUCUGUGGCGGGCAGGAGCGGGCCGCCAGCGAGGCUCUUUCCUUUGCUCAGAAUACUGCCUAUUUGGUUGGCGACUUGCAAGCUUCCGACAUGACCAAAUCUCUGUUGGAAAAGCUAAACCUCAGAAAGGCUCCUUCUGAAUAUCAGUUGCCAAAAUCAAAACUCGAAGACACUCAGCGCACCUCUUCGGUCGUCGCGUUCAUUCCUUCCUUAGACAACGUCAGCGCAAAAGCCAAUCAAUAUGGAGUUCCACCAGCACUGUUUCUGCGUGGUCUUCUGCACCGCGCAAUCCUCUUUGCAGACAGUAUUGCCAUUCCACCAAACGUCCUCACAAAUUCGAGCGUCUUCAUCAACGAGCUUCUCUUCAGUAGUAAGGACCACCUGAAUACAUUCUAUCUCAAUUUUCUGCACCCUGUCAUACCACUGAGCGAAGGGCCUGGAAACGAAAAAACUAUCCUAUCAAAAUACCGCACGACCGUGGCCAGCAACUACAUUUCCGAGAAGAUAGCGGAAAGUCAAAUCCAAGCCCUCGAUGCGCAUUUCGAAUCUAUUGGAAUCGAUAACAGUUGCAUUUUCUAUUCGUCCGAGGAAAUAACCGGGAAUUACUACAAGUAUCUUCGGCGAGCUGUUUUGGAGCGCCAAGACUCGACGAAGGCAUACUUACUGGACCGGUGGAGAAGCCUGAGAUCAAGUCGUCUCGAUGUAUUCUCUGACACAAUCAAGACGCAAGACGAAGACCUUGCGGCUGCUAUGGUGGACACCAUCAUAGGAACUGUCAAUCUUUUUGUCCAGAAUCUUAAAGAUCAGUUGACUCGUUCGAAGCUAUACAAUCUAGCUGGGUUGUUUGCUACGGUUGUGGAUCAUCAUGAAGCUAUCGAUAAGCCUCUCAAAGACGAAAUUGAACCGGAGAUUCGCAAUCAGCUGAUCUCAGGUAGAAUGAAGAUACUGCACAGGCCAUGGGUAUCUGGUCCUCUUUGCCACGAACUCUUCGAUGUACCGUAUCGUGGUAAUUUGCCCAUCCACCUAAUCAUGAAAUCCUCUUCGCCAAGGAGCCUCAUAUUCCUCGACGAAGAUGAGAUAUCUUCAUGGAGAUUCAUCGCCAGCCUCUUAGAUGACUCUAAAAGUCUCCGGCUUAAUGAUUCUGCGGUCUCCAUAGGAUCCUCCGCACAAAUUUCUGCGCUGCUUCUGGGCCAAGCAUCAGAGCAGGAUCUUUGUGUUACUCGUGACGCACUAGCACAAGUCCGUCGGAAACUAGCUACGCAGGAGCAACUCGAUAGACAGACAAAGGAUGCAAUUGCUCGUGAGAUGAGGGUGUUUGCAACCGCUUCAGUUGACGUGGAAGAUGAACCGAUCAUUACUAUUCCAUCUCUGGACCAGAAGACGAGGGAAGUUCUCCAGCAGUUUCUGGGACAGUGCGUGUUUUUGGUACGGAAGAGUGAGGCAGUGGACAGGAUGUAUGAGGAACCGCAGUUUACUUUACCAGGGAUGUUGGCCCUUGAACGCGCCCUAGAUCCUAUUACUACACAAGAUAUGAACGAGAUUGCAGAGGUGCUGGCAAGCGAAGAUCAAGAUGCUGUGACUAUUGAUCUACACGAUGCCAAAAGAUAUUUUCUUAGCAAAUUGCCAUUUCUACUCUCCAAAGACAACUAA